AUGAAGCUCUUCGCCGUAUUCGCAACGUUGGCAUUCUUGACCAACCGAGCCAUCGCCUUGGCCGAAGCCGACCCUGAUCCCAUUCCUGCGGCCAUACCUGAAGCCGAACCCGAGGCCGCAAUCCUCGAGCCGCGUGUUUGUGUCAAGAUCCGAGUGUGCCAUGACUUCAAUUUCAAGGGGGGCUGUUACAGUGAAUGCAAAGGGCCAGGAACGGGUCAUUCGAUUAGAAAGGAAUGGCAAACGAAUGCUGGUUCGUUCGCCGUUGAUACCGAAGGCUAUUCAUGCACUGUCGGCACGAUGUAA